UUCAUUACUGACCUGCCUGCCUGCGUAAAUGGAUCAACAUGUGACUGACCAACACACCCCUUCGACCGCAAAAAGCCUCACACAGACAGCCCCCCUCCAUGCUCGUCUACCUUUCUGGUUCUGGCUCUGGCCGCGCCGCCACGAGAGACUCCAGCACUGUGCUCAGCCGACUCACCAAGUCGCUCGCCUCCUCCGCACUGGACGACUCAGUAGUCUCGGCGGCAUCCGAUGAAGCCGACGUGUCGACGUCCACCAAAACCUCCUCGAUGAGCGUCCGCAGCGUCUCAGCACGGGCAGCCACCUCCUCCUCACUCUCCGCCUCCAGCAGCUGCUCAAACCGCUCGUUCAACACGGCGAGCGUCGUUUCGUUGGAUGAGGUGUCGUUGGCAUAGGGCGAGAAGAGUGCCCCGAACAGUGCGAUGCUCUGGGGGUCGACAUCGUCGGAUGCGGGUGAGUCGACUGCCUCCUCGAUAGAGGCGUUGAGCGCCUGGAUCUCCCGCCAGAAGAGCUGCAGCUGCCUGCCGAGCAGAGACAGGUUCGCGUUGGUGACGUCCUGGGCGAUCUGGUCGGUCUCGCCACGGUCGGGUAGAAAGCUCACAUUGGCCGACGGCGAGAAGUCCACUGCGAACGGGCUGCCCGUCGCGUUGCCCGUCUCCUCCUGGAGCAGCGCAUUCAUCCGAUCGACCACCUCGGGAUACCGCUGCUGGAACUCGUCAAGUAGCAUGUUCAGACGGUCGACGGUCGCAGCGUCCUCAGCGUCCGUGUCGAGCGGGAUCCGCUGUGCCGGGAAGCGCCCGUUGAAGUCCUCCAGCAGCUGUUCAAGCCGCACCAGCUCCGAAGCGGCGUCACUUGACUCCUCAUUGUCUUCAUCGGCUUCGGAUGCGGCUUCGGAUUCAGGCCUGCCGCGGGCCUCUGCGCGGGCAGAGACGGAGGUCGGACUCUCUCCAUCCCCCUCCCCCUCUCCCUCUCCCUGUCCCUCUCCCUCUCCCUGUCUAUCGGUCUCGACCUCGUCGAGGAUGUCCUCCAGCCGCUGGACGAUCUCGUCCCCCUCGGGACCGGUGAGGUCGGCUGCCGUGGAGCCAUUGCGUUGCCUCACGUCCGUCAGCAGAUUCAGCACUCGAGUGAGACGCGCGUCGAGGGAGAGGCCGGCGUCUGCGUUAGCGUCUGUGCCAUUGCCCCUGGCAGAGGUCGUGGGCUGUUCCUGCUCCUCAUCGUCAUUGGCACCAGAGGGGGCCUCAGUGCUGCUGGUGGUGGUGCUGGUGCUGGCGGUAGUGUCUUCUCCCUCCUCGGUUGCCGGCGGUGAGGUGGCUUCUGCCGGCAGCUGGUCGCGCAGCUGCUGCAGCAGCUCCACCAGCCGAUUAAGAAGGACCUCGUUGUCGUCGGCUGCCGUCACGUUGCUGGCGGACGUCUGCGCAGUGGGGCCCUCCGUCGUGGUUGUGUUGCUGCCGUCGCUGCCAUUGCCGCCUCCAGGACGGAACACUGACCCAUCAGGUCGGAAGUAGCUGUAGUAAGGGUCCAGGCCAUCACCUGACCCGUCUGAGCCAGCCGAGGCGGAGGCGGUCGUGGUGGCGGGCCCACUCGACCCUGGAGCGGCCGUGGUGGUGGUGGAGUCCGUUGUGCCGCUAGUGCUUGAGGCGGGGCCAGAAGUCGUUGGUGCUGCUGAAGUGGUGCUGGUGCUGGUGCUGGUACUUGUGCCUCCACUGGCAAUAUACUCACGUAGCCGAGCCUGCGUCUCUGGCGGCAGCUGGCUGACCACCUGUGGGGGGAGUCUGGCGAGGUUCUCAGGGGUGGGGUUGGCGAGGAUAUCUGGUGGCACCUGCGCAAGGACCUCCGGCGGGAUCUCCACACCCGCCGGAGCCGCACCGCCGGCAGAGGCAGAGGCUGGGAGGGUGUCGGAAAGGACCGCCUCUUGCUCACCCUGCACAUCUCGCACCCGGGGGCCGCCCCCGCCGGCUGCCGUCUCCUGGGGUGGUGCAUCUGGUGCGACCCCGGCCUGCGUGGCGUCGCAGCAGUUGAGUCGGAAGCACACACCCGGCAAUUGCACGGCCCGCUCGCUGCCCGGGCAUCCGCAGUCGACGUAGCACCAAUUGCUGGUCCGUGUGCGGGGGUCGCCCGUGACGUAUGAGGCGCAGGACGCCCCUUGCCUGAAUUGGUUGACGACGCCGAGGCAGCGGCACCUGGGGGAGCACGCUGGGCCAGCUGCGGCGACCUGGAGAGCACGGGAAGGGGUAGAGGAGUCUGAAACCAUAUAUACCACACAGUCAACAAAGGAGAAAUGGUGGCAGGCAGGCUCCUCUGAUCGUUUCUCUUUCCCACCUGGCCUGAGCUGCCGCCGCAGACUCCCAUUGUCGCCGCCCAGCCGUUCCAGCAGCUCCUCAAUGAGGUCAGAGGCCUCCUGAAGCAGCUCGGCCGGGGUCGGCUCACUCUCCGUCUCGUUGCCACCACCACGUUCACUCUCUGGGGAAGCCGUCACUUGCCCCCCCUCCUCAGUCACGCCGUCAGCCAGAUCGUUCCCGAUAGGUGUGCCGUCGCGCCUGUAGUAGGAAAAUUCACCCUCGUCCUCUGCUUGUUGUGGGCCGUCACUCCCCGCUCCUGGCGCAGUUGUCCGGGAGCGGACACGUGGUCUCGGGGGAGGUGGGGGUGGUGACUGCUCAACGGGUUGGGUGCCGUUGUUAAGGGGCGCACCGCUGCUCUGCGGCUCUGGUGUGGUGCAGCAGUCGUAUGCGACGCAUGUGUUGCGGAUCUGCAGAGACCGGAUGGCACUCGGACACGCGCAGCUCACGUAACACCAUGGCUGUAUUAGAACACACGCAAAGCAACGAAACGCCAAGACGAUGGUCCAGUCCACGGAUGUUGGUUGCAUGUGUGUGUGUGUGUGUGUGUACCGAUGAGAGGCUUCUGGGGUCUGCUGUGAUGGCCCUGGUGCAGUUGCGGCCCUGCCCAAAGACGUUGGCCACCCCCAGGCAGCCACACAUAGGGCUGCACAUGUCAGUACCACUAGGAGCGGCCGCCACCUGCAGCCGGCGGACGGAGGGGUGCCAUAAUUCUGAAAAGCCUGACACACAGCCACACACACCGACAGAGAAGAAUCAUUGAGCAAGAAUGCACCCGAUGACGCCAUCUCUCUCUCUCUCUCCUCACCGUCACGGCUUGUUCCAUCAUGUCUGUCAGAUGCGAUAGGCUGCCUCUGUUCCCGCAGGCAGAUCAGCAGCACCAACACUGCCGCGGCACAGCACAGGCUCCAUGCGAUCAGCCGCUGAAGCAUUGCGGACGCUAGACGGUGCGGCGAUGAGUGGAGAGCCCUCCAAGGGCAUUCAGCAUCAAGGUGCCUUGCUUGUCUGUUGCGAUCGAUACGAUGAAAUCAGCAAAAUUGAUGCUACAAAAUGACUGUGGACCUCCCUUCCUUCAACCUUCUCAGAG